GUCGUAUUCUAAUUGAAUUAAAUUUCGUUCUGGCCAUCUUUGUCGCACCCAUAUUGUGUGUUAAAAUUAGAAAACAAAGGAUUACAGUGUGUUAGCUGGUGGAACAAUUUAAAAAUCGCAUUUCGGCGUUGUUUUAUCAGUUCGUAAGUUGAGCUUCUAGCUUAUAGAAGUCGUAUAUAGUGUGUGAUAACUUUGUUUCUGGACAUAAAUUGUAAAAACUCUAAUUGAAUUAACGCCGGGUGUUGUUCAGCAAUCAUCACCGUACAGUACACAGUACAGGCAUUUAUUUAAAGUAAAGUGCAUUUAAUUCAAAUAUUACAAACAUGGCAUUAGAAGCACUCCUUGGGAAGAAAUACAAGCUGGCUAGCAGUGAGAAAUUCGACGAGUACAUGAAGGCUUUAGGUGUGGGCCUGGUAACUAGAAAAGUAGGCGGCGCAGUAUCCCCGGUGGUCGAUCUGCAAAAGGAAGGCGAAGAAUACGUGCUUUCUUCCAACUCCACUUUCAAGAACGUCGUUCUCAGAUUCAAACCGGGCGUCGAAUUCGACCAAGAUACUCCCGACGGCAGGAAAGUCAAAUCCACCAUCACCGUCGAAGGUAACACCUUGAAAGAGGUGCAAAAAGCCGGAGAUGGUAAAGUGACCACCAUUGACAGGACUUGGACUGAUGAUGAAAUUAAAAUGGUCAUGUCUGUAGGCGAUGUCACCGCUACCAGAACCUACAAACUCCAAGCAUAAUUAUUUUCCAAGCUUGUUCAUUCCAAACGCUGUCUGAAGCCAUUUUUUUUUAAUAAAAUAAACUUUAGUUUUGUUUUUUUUUUUAUAUAUAUUUUUCUACUACUGAUAGUAUGAAGCAAAUACAAGGUAUUGAUUUAGUUGAAAAAUUCGAAAUUAUUAAUAUUUUUUUUGUAUACCUACUAUAAAUGUAGCUUGUUAUAACUAGAUUUUUGUAUUCCAGAUGAUUGUCUAGUAAAAUUUGCAUCACAAAAAUAUAAGAGUGUGUUUUUUAUUUAAAGAAUCCAAAGAGUUAU